UUCCUACAGUUUCUUUGUGCCGGCCACCCACUCCUCUACUACCCUUGGUUCAACCAGUUCCAGUAGUCAUAUGCUCUCCACUUCUAGCUAAUCUAGCUGAUCUAGUUCCUUAGUUUUUCUUGCUCAGACAGCUCCUCUAGUUCUUCAUGCUCAUCUAGCUCAAACAGAUCUUCCAUUCCAUUUAUUGCUUUAGCUCUUCAGUUCUUCAAGUUAUAGCUCAUCUAUAGUUAUAAACAGCUCUUCCAGAUCACUCACUUAACCUUUAUCUGCAGCUUCUUUAGUCACUGUUCCAUGAAGAGUUGAAGUCUCCAGCUACAGUUGAGAUCCCCAUAAAUUUUGAUAUUAUUUGCUAAAAAUAAAUUCAAAUCUUCAACAACUUUUUAAGGAUUUGCCUCAAGAAUUAGAGAAGGCUACCUCAGCUCCCCUUAGCUCCUGUUUAGCAACCAGUCUUACCUCAACCUCAACCCUUACACAUGAUCUCAUAACAUGGCAAGCUUAGAUCCCAACACCAGUACUCCAAUCAAACAGGAGCAGAACCGGAGCAGAUAUGAAAACCAUACCACCUCGGCCUUCCAACCGGUCUUCCAGUCCUUCUCCCGGGACUCAUCCAUGGACCAGAGCAUGGACCAGUCCAACCAUAGACGCUCCUCGUCCAUGCCAGAUAGAUUUGAUUUUGCACGGUUAGCCUCCAGCGCUAUGGGUUCAGGAGGAGGGUUUGAUCUGAGUGGAAGUUCUACUGAUCUCCAGUCUGGACACUCGACAGAGAGUCUGGUUGAACUCUACUCUCCAACCUUCUCCGUGAUGGGGACCAUGGUUCCGCCGCAGAUGAAUCACAGGCUCCUCAAGACUCCGAUGUCUCGACCAAGCAGUAGGCCGAGAAAACAGUUUGUCUGUAAGUUCUGUGAUCGACAGUUUACAAAAUCCUACAAUCUUCUCAUUCAUGAAAGAACGCACACUGACGAGCGGCCAUAUUCUUGCGAUGUUUGCGGGAAAGCGUUUCGAAGACAGGAUCAUUUGAGAGAUCACAGAUACAUUCAUUCCAAAGAGAAACCGUUCAAGUGCACUGAGUGUGGAAAAGGCUUCUGUCAAUCCCGAACCCUGGCUGUUCAUAAGAUUUUGCAUAUGGAGGAAUCCCCCCAUAAAUGUCCAGUUUGCCAACGGAGUUUUAACCAGAGAUCCAACCUGAAAACACAUUUACUCACACACACGGAUCACAAACCCUACGAGUGCAACCAGUGUAAGAAGGUGUUCAGGCGUAACUGUGACCUGCGCAGACAUAAGUUGACCCAUGCAAUCUGUGAGAACCCCGGUCGUAUUCCGGAAAUUAUGACUCCGAGCUCCAGUUCUAGGAAGUCCUCGUACGAGUCCAAUGGUUCAGAACUUCGGGAUUCUGAUACAGAUUCAGAUGUGGAUGUUACAGGACUUGGUGCUGAUUCUAAACUUCCAUUCCAAAUUCGUCUUCUGACAGCAGCUUCUAAACAGAAAUUUGGCAGUAGAGCAUCCUCGCCGGCCAGAAGUUCACAAAACUUUGCGGGAUUUUCGAAUUACCCGCCAAAUAUGAUCCAUGGAACCAAUAUGGCGCCUAUGAAUUUCAGUGAUUACAUGUAUAUGGAUAAAAAUCAUUCAAUGCAGAACAAAACACCUAAAUCCAACGGAUUCUCAAUUGAUGAAAUAAUGAAACAUUGAUGUUUUGUUCAAGUAUGAACUUUUGUUGGGAAAUCAAUUUUCCAUAUAAAAAAACGCUUUAUUGUUAAAUAACAAUUCAAAAACAAAGACACCGUUUUCAUUAAAUAUGUUUUUUAAACCAUUUAUUUUCCAAAAUUCUCGAAAAGUUUGCAAUAUGAACAAAAUGUUACCCUAAUAAAUUUUAUCACUUUAUGAUCUCUCUACAGUUUUUGUACAUUCCCUGUGUACUGCUUGUACAGCAGUUUUUGCUUAAUGCUUAUCCUGGUGUAUAAAUAAUCUCAUUUUGAGAUUGUGA